ACCAUGUGACUACCUCUGUUCUUGUCUGUCCUCUCUUCUCACUUUUCCCUCACAACAAAACAAAAUCAAAUCUUAUUAUCAUUAUAACCUCACUCUUCAUUCUUCACUCUUCAUCUUCUUCUUCUUCUCAUGGCUUUCUCUACUCUUCUAAACCUCACUCUCACCCUUCUACUUUGUCUUUUCCUUAUACUCAACACUCAUGUUCAUGCACAGAUCGAAGAAACAACCUUGAAUCUCAUGUCAGAUGCACUAGAAUGGCCAACAACAAUGUCACAUUACAAUGAACUAGAACCAGACAAUGAAGAAGACAUAGACAGUGAUUUGAGUAGAAGAUCUUUGUUCUGGAGCAGAGUGAAAUAUUAUAUAUCUUAUGGUGCUCUUUCUGCUAACAGAAUUCCAUGUCCACCUCGUUCUGGUAGAUCUUACUACACUCAUAAGUGUUAUGAAGCUAGAGGUCCUGUUCAUCCUUAUUCUAGAGGUUGUUCUGCUAUCACACGUUGCAGAAGAUGAAAUAAUCAUGAGUUGGAUUUGUUUGUUUGUUUAAUUCUAUUCUCAGAUCGAGAAUUGAUUUAAGUUAAAAAGUUAGGUAAGUUUGUGUUAGCUUUAUUAUUACUAUUAAGUUGUGCUAAUGCAUUAUUAGUUGUGUUUUUUAUUUAUGAUUAAUGUAUCAUUAGUUGUGCUAAAUUUGGAUUAGCACUAAUGGCAGCAUGUUGUGUAUGUGUUUGAUUAAUGACUGGACUUAAGCUAAGAUUUUUAUGGAUUUAAUUAGUAGUACUAUGAAGAAAUGGAUGUGUUUGCAUUUUGUGUUA